AUUGCUUUUAAAUUUCAAGUUGCAUGAUUAAACUGGUCAAAGCUAUUCAAGGUUUAAUUCAGAGUUCUCAGAAUUUAUCCCUUUUCUCUUCAAACUUAGAGCGGCCUCUUGUUAGUCAAAUGGAAACUUAACUAUAGUUUCUUUAUUUACGUUUCUGUCUAUCUUACCUUUGUUUAUUUUUAUUUUCUAACGUGCUUCUUCUUGUUAAAAAAUUCAUAAAUGAUAAAUGAUACAACCAUUAAACUAAUCCGUCUAUUCUGACCAACCCUAAUCAUGUGAAAUUGUAGACUGUCACUUUCAUCUAAGCUCAGUCAUGAUUGCUAAAAAUGUUGAAUCAAUCCUCUGUUUUACAGCCUGGUCAUUUAGUGCUUUCUACUCUUUAUAUCUUUUUGGUGAUGGAAUUGAUGUGAUCAAAGAUGAACUCGACUCAAGAGAUUUUGAAAAAGGAUGGUUUGCAUCUCGACAACGCGAUGUUACCGACAUUGAAUGGUACAUUGUCAAGUAUAUUAUUUUUAAUUUUUACUUGACAUUUAUUGGUCAUAUCAUCGUGUCACAAUUAAUCUGGGUUUUUAUACCUCAGCUUACUUUAUCUGUUAUGGUCUUAUAUGGAACUAUAAGUCUCUGGAUUCUUCUUGGACCCUUUGUCGUUCCUAUUAUUUGGUUAAAUAUUCUUUUUGCGUAUCUCAUUCACUUGAAACGAAGUCCACUUCUUUGUCAUUUAUUUUUCAUCACCGUUUUCAUCACGGCCCAGUCAUCUUAUUUCAGAGACAAGACUAAAUUAUUGUUUGGACAUGAUCUCCGUAAACUGUUUAUCUUUGACAUACUUUUUGGAUGGCUAAAUGCAAAAUGUUUGAGUUUUUCUCUUGAUCGAAUUGAGACAUUUCGACGUUGGGAAAAUCCAUAUCCAGAUGACAACUUAACUAUGAUUUUCGCAUAUUGUCUCUACUUACCAACCCUGGUUUUCGGCCCUAUGCAUCAGUAUUCAUCUUUUCUCAAUAAUAUGGUAUUCAGAGAUGACUGGAGCUUACGUAAAUUUAUUUGUUCGCUGACAAGAUUAAGUCAAGUUCUUUUUUAUGCUGUUGUAUACGAUAUCCUCAAACAUUACCUCUUCUCAUCAGCUUUGAUUUAUAGAACUGAUCUUUUAGAAAAACUAGAUUCAUAUACACUUUGUGGAUUCGCUUAUUGUUUAGUGAUUAUGUUCUACUUAAAAUAUUUAAUAUUAUACGGUUACUCUGAAGCUAUGGGUAACUCAGAUGGUAUCAAACUGCCGCCUCCUCCAAAAUGUGUUUCAACUAUCCAUCUUUCUUCAGACCUUUGGCGACAUUUUGAUCGUGGACUUCACCUUUGGCUUGUCAAAUAUUAUUACAAACCUCUGUUAACUAUUGGAAAUAAUGUUAUGGUCAAAAUUUUUGCCACAUCCAUAUGCUUUGCAAUCGUUGCUAUUUGGCACUCAUACAGUUCUGAUGUUAUCGCUUGGUGCAUGUUGAAUUUCUGCGCGGUUGCUAUUGAAUUAACAGGUUUACAUAUUCGGCGUUUAUUUUUUCCCAACUUUGAGACUCAAUUUUCUGAUAGAGCCAUUAAAAGGUGGAAAGCAUUCAUGGCAGCUCCAUUUUAUAUAAUUAUGAUUAUUACAAACACUUUUUUCCUCGCCAAUAGCGAAGUUGGAGUUUACCUGUUUCAAAAAGUGUUGUUUUCGUUUCCAUAUCCAGCCCUUCCAGUAUUAAUGAUAGCUUACACGGCUUGUCAUGUCUCUAUUGAAUUGAAAGAGCAUUAAUUAACUCCACUACCAAAAAGUCAAUUGUGUUGUUAUGGUGUAUUCUUCAACAAUUAGACUCAAUCUACUAAAAAAUUUUCACUCCUAAAGUUACUAACUUGAAAAUUUGACACUAAACUGUAAAUAUUUGAAUGGAACAGCAGAAGCUGGUUCCAUGGUUCCAAAUUUUGCUAAAUUUUCUCUAAUUAAAAUGAUUUUGUGAAUAAAGAAGUAAAUAUAUUUCA